AGAAUCGCUCGCUCGCUCGCGGCACGGAACGAUGCCACGUUUGCUGUGGAAUAAGAGGGGACCUUUGCACGAAUGGCGGAGCCGCGCUUUAACAACACCUACUUUUGGCCACCGCCUCCCACCAUGCCCAGCCAGCUGGACAAUCUAGUCCUCAUCAACAAAAUCAAGGAGCAGCUCAUGGCGGAGAAGAUCCGCCCCCACCACCUGCCCCCUACCUCGGUCUCUUCCCAGCAGCCCCUGCUGGUGCCCCCCUCGCCCGCGGAGAGCAGCCCUUCCAUCAUGUCCAUUCCUAAGCUCCAGCAAGUCCCGGGGCUUCACCCCCAGGCGGUACCCCAGCCGGACGUGGCCCUCCACGCGCGCCCUGCCACCAGCACCGUCACAGGUUUGGGGCUGGGGUCCCGGACUCCUGCCGUCAGCACUUCUGAAUCCAGUACGGGGACGGGGACCAGCACCGCCUCCACGCCCACCUCCUCCAGUCAGAGCCACCUCAUCGCCUCCUCGCCCACCCUCAUUUCGGGGAUCACUAGCCCCCCGCUGUUGGACUCCAUCAAGACAAUCCAGGGCCACAGCCUGCUGGGGGCCCCCAAGAGCGAACGAGGCCGCAAGAAGAUCAAGGCUGAGAACCCGUCGGGACCGCCCGUCCUCGUGGUCCCGUACCCCAUUUUAGCUUCGGGAGACAUCGGCAAAGAAGGGAAGACGUACAGAUGUAAAGUCUGCCCGCUUACCUUCUUCACCAAGUCAGAGAUGCAGAUCCACUCCAAGUCGCACACCGAGGCCAAGCCGCACAAGUGCCCGCAUUGCUCCAAGUCCUUUGCCAAUGCCUCUUACCUGGCGCAGCACCUGCGCAUCCACCUGGGUGUCAAGCCCUACCACUGUUCCUACUGCGAGAAGUCCUUCCGCCAGCUCUCCCACCUCCAGCAGCACACCAG